AUGUCCUCUCCCGCUCCCGCUCCCGUCCUCAAGACUCCGGUGCCUGGCGCACAUCGCAACAACAAGCUCCCAUCCCUCACAUUGGGCAUACCGCCGUCUCCCAAUGCCAAACCGGUCAACCAGACGGGCGUGGCAGCCCCGGGUCCGGCACCGGCACCGGCCCUCGCCAUCAACAUUCCCCAGAAGCCCGCCAGCAGAGCACCCCCAAAGCUGAGACUGGCUACCCCCAUGGGCGCCACGGGCGGCGGCAACAAGCCUGCAUUCCAGGAUGCCAACGCUCUGCACAACGGCCGCCCCAUUCCACAUUACUACAAUUCAACAGGCUCGUCAAACAGCAACAGCAACGGCCAGAAUAAUAACGUACACUCACGGUCGGGAAGCUUUACCGGCCCUGACGCCAGGGGUAGCGGGCCUCCCACCUCGGCCAGCUCGUCCACUUACUCUGCUCCUUCCUUUGCCUAUGGCUUCGACAGCCCUACGCUUCGACUCCCGACCCUUCCUCGGCCAUCAGCUCAGUGUACUCGGAUCUAG